ACCGAGGGAGCUGCGCGCGGCACGCGGCUGGCCUGGCUGAGGCGCAAGGGCUCGGGCGGGCGGGCGGACAGACGAACCGACAGACGGAGUGAACGAGAGGGGCGCCGGGAAGCCGCGAGCUCCCCGCACAUCCCAGCCAGGCCUGCACCCCAAGGCCGGCAGCAGAUCGUGCCCGGCGGGGUCUCCUGCGCUCUGCCCGCCCCGGCUCCCGUGCCAGCGCCCAGCGCCCGCCGCCGCCUCUAAAGUGAUCGCUGCCUCGCCGCCUCCGCCCGGCCCGGGACCAUGAAGCUGCUGCCGUCGGUGGUGCUGAAGCUCUUUCUGGCUGCAGUGUUCUCGGCUUUGGUGACUGGCGAGAGCCUGGAGCGCCUUCGGAGGGGGCUGGCGGAUGGAACCAGCAAUCUGGUCUCCCCUACCGAAUCUACGGACCAGCUGCUGCCCCCGGGAGGUGGCCGAGGCCGGGAAGUCCUGGACUUGGAAGAGGCAGACCUGGACCUUUUGAGAGCUGAUUUCUCUUCCAAGCCACAAGCUCUGGCCACACCGAGCAAGGAGGAGCGAGGGAAAAGAAAGAAGAAAGGCAAAGGGUUAGGGAAGAAGAGAGACCCGUGUCUUCGGAAGUACAAGGAUUUCUGCAUCCACGGAGAGUGCAAAUACGUGAAGGAGCUCCGGGCGCCAUCCUGCAUCUGCCACCCCGGUUACCACGGAGAGAGGUGUCAUGGGCUGAGCCUCCCGGUGAAAAAUCGUUUAUAUACAUAUGAUCACACCACCAUCCUGGCUGUGGUGGCCGUGGUGCUGUCGUCCGUCUGUCUGCUCGUCAUCGUGGGGCUUCUCAUGUUUAGGUACCACAGGAGAGGAGGUUAUGACGUGGAAAAUGAAGAGAAAGUAAAAUUGGGCGUGACUGCUUCCCACUGAGAGAAACCUGUGCUCCAGGGAUCCGCUGGGGACUGCUGCCUCUGAGAAGAUCCGAGGUGAGCUCAGACUCUGCAGAGUGGAAGGACUUCACAACUGGCCCCCAAGAGUCCUUCAGCCCCCGCUGCCACCUAGAUCGGGCCUUCUGAAAUCGCUUUGCCAAAAUACCAGAGCCUUCAAGUGCCAAACAGAAUAUGUCCAGUGGGAUCUGGGUCUGAAGAAAGCAAACGUGUGGAACCUUUGUGCCCUUCUGAUUCCCCUCCGCCAAGCCCCACGUGCCCCCGUAAGUUUGUUUAAACGCUUGUCUUCUAGAUUAAAAUGCCAUGUGCUCCAGGGGAAUUCCCACUGUGGCACAGCGGAAACGAAUCCGACUAGGAACCAUGAGGAUGCAGGUUCGAUCCCCGGCCUCGCUCAGUGGGCUAAGGAUCCACCGUUGCCCUGAGCUGUGGUGUAGGUCACAGACACAGCUCGGAUCCGGCAUUUCUGUGGCUGUGGUGUCAGCCAGCGGCUACAGCUCCAAUUCAUCUUCUACCCUGGGAAUCUCCAUAUGCCGCAGGUGCGGCCCUAAAAAAAAAAAAAAAAAGGCAAAUUCAUGUGCUCCAGGAUCUUUGACUGAAAAAAAAAAAAAAGAAGAAGGGGAAGAAGAAAUCAAGCUUUGUGGACUGGAAGAAAGUGACAAAGAUUGAGAAGCCAUGUACUCAAGUCGCCCUGAGGGAUCUUCCAUUUGGACCCUCCAGCGCUGGAUUUGAUGAGUUAACUGUGAAAUACCAUAAACCUGAGAACUCUGAAUUUGGGGACUUCUACCCAGAUGGAAAAAUAACAACUAUUUUUGUUCGUUUGUUUGUUCGUUUGUAAAAUGCCUCUUAAAUUAUAUAUUUAUUUUAUUCUAUGUAUGUUAAUUUAUUUAGUUUUUAACAAUCUAACAAUAAUAUUGCAAGUGCCUAGACUGUUACUUUGGCAAUUUCCUGGCCCUCCACCCCGCGUUGCCCGCCAUCUGGCUCAGCGUCACACGCCUCUGCCGCAAAUCUGAGAUGGCUCUGGGACCCUUCUGCCGUUGUCCCCUGUGGUCUGUUCACAUUUCUGAAGAUCUUCCGUGUUCGGAGUGCCGCGGGGGGAGCUGCGUGUGGUCAGGAUGUGGGAAUUAGCGUUGUCAGAUCCACUCUAUGAGUUGGACUGCCGUCUUGCCUAGGCGAUUGUGUCUACCAUUUGUAUUUUGAAAGCGCAAGGUGCUGAUGUCAAGAUGCCACAGAUAUCAGUGUGUCCUUGUGUCCUCUCCCCGCCCCAUCUCGGAAGAGCUCUCCUGUGGCUCUCCUGGCUCCUCACCCGCUCUGGGCCCAGGCCCGCCGACACGCUCCUUGCGUCAAGACAUCUCUCUUACUCCUGCCAUUCUUCUGGUGCUACUCCACACAGGGGUCAGUGCAGCCGGGGACACUCUAGAGAAGGUAUCAGCAGAGAAAAAGGCUGAGGAGGAGCAGGAAACAUGGGAGCUGACUGAUCUCGGUAAUUGAUAACCUACCAAUUGCCGCAGAAAAGGUGAGAGGUGAGGCGGGCUUCUGCGCAAACCCCCUCUCCUCACCAAAACUGCAAAGGUAUGCUGUCAUGGCCCCUUCUGGAAGUUUCUGGUGCCAUUACUGAACUGUUACAACCUGUAUUUCCAAACCUGGUUCAUAUUUAUACUUUGCAAUUCAAAUAAAGAUAACCCUUACACCAGA